AUCACCCUUGAGCUCCAGCUGCACCUGAUUCUAAGGUUGAAAUUGGGUUUCUGACCAAAGAAGCUGACAAGAAACCAAUGGACUUGUGAGAAAAACAAGCGUUCUUCUUAUCAACUGAUGUACCGCGCUCUCAAACUUAUUUUCAGCACGAUGAGCGUGGUAAUGCCAGGCAAGUUGGUCGAAGCUUUGGUCGUGGAGCUGCUUCUGACCGAGAAUGGCAGAGGGAUUCAAGAAGUCAAAGAAAUGAAAGAGCUGCUGACAAGAAAGAAGCAUAUGAUACAUGGCCAAGAGAUGAGAAAUCACAAGGUAAGGGGGUUGACAGCAGUGUUUGGCGCCAUGAUGAAUUCUUCAAGUUGGAUACUGAUCCACAACCACCUGCCCAGAAAAGACGAGCAUUUAGGGAAGAGAAGAUCUCAUUGGACUCUGAAAAUGUGGAUGAAGCAGAAGAAGAAUCAAUCAAGGUGAGCCGUCCCAACCAUCCUGCACUAGGAAGUGAAAGAAGGCAGCAGAGAGGCCGUGAUUCCCACCAUUCAGAUAGAGCUAAGAAGCCACCUACAGGAGAUAGGUUGCCAAACAGGGGAGAAACACAAAAGGGUUGGCUAUCUAUCAGGACAGAGGUAUGGUGGCGGUGGUGGUGGUGGUGG